CUUGCCCACGACCGCAUCGAUGACUUGAAUAAACAACUUACAACUUAAAGCUUGAAGUCAGACAUUUACAUCUAAGAUCCGAUAUGGCACCCCAGCAUAAUGCCGUACUGCCAACCGCGCUCAAAACACCUGCUAUCCAGAAACUCGUCAACAAGCGCAUCAUUCUCGCUUCUGGAAGUCCAAGGAGAAAGGAGAUACUUCAAACGCUGGGCUUAGCGCCCGAGGUUGUCCCAUCCACCUUUGCUGAGAACCUUCCGCUCUCUUCUUUCGAGGAUAUUCAUGAAUAUCCCGUUUCUACCGCAAUUCAGAAAGCAGUGGAGGUGUAUCAAAGAGUACUGACAGAUGCACCAGACGAUCCACCUGAUCUUGUCAUCGGUGCGGAUACUGUCGUCUUCACUCAUGCCCUGCCAUCGACGACGAUUGAGAUGGAGACGGGUGUGCGGCAAGAGCUUCUCGAGAAACCAUCCUCGAAAGAGGAUAAUAUGCGCAUGCUGAAGGACUUGAACGGGGGCGUUUGCGAGGUCGUAACGGGCGUUUCACUUGUGUAUCCAAUCCUGAGCGCUCCUGGAUAUGAGAUCAAGUCUAUAGAUGAGCGGACAUUGGUGUAUUUCGGUGACAAUGAGGACCAUGUACUCAAGGCGUAUGUGGACAGCGAGGAAGGCUUAGAUCGGGCAGGAGGUUUUGCAGUCCAAGGUCGUGGCAACUUGCUCAUUCGCAAGAUUGACGGCGACUUUCACAACGUCGUGGGUUUCCCUGGGGCAUCAUUUUUCAAGCUCCUAGACCUCCUCGUUGAGGAAGAAGAGGAUUUCCUCGCGAUUUAGAUUUCUUGUAAAUGGGCAGGAUGAAGUGCUUCGAGACUGUAUGAUCGGACAAUGAUAGACAGGUGGAUUUUCUGUCUUGAUUGCAAGUGUAUUCAUCUUGUGUUCAUCCAUCCUCCGUUUCGCUGCAUGCAUCCCUUGCUAGUUGUUGACGACCAUGGGCCGGUGAUCUAAUGGAUCCUAUGGUUUCUUGAUUUUUAUCUUACAAUGCAUUGCUGCGGCUUGCAGUAGGUCAGUGCACUGUAGUUGGCCACGAUGAAAACAAUGGCACGCCGGCGCAAGGUUGGGAUAGUUAAUGUUGCUUUGCGAUCUCAUAUUGCUUUUCUUGUUUUCUGCUUAC